AUGAAUCGCACCGGGUACGCGAUUUUGACUCCAGCACAACGUGAAUUUUUCUACGGGCCAUCAUCGCCAUACAACAACUCCGCAACGCUCAAUUUGAUCCGUAAUGUCAGCGACAGCGAUGUGCACCGGACAGUACGCGAUACAGUGCGCGGCAUCGCUGACGGUCGAUUGCAAUUCGAAGCUAAAAACGGAGCGGUGAAAUUGGUCACAAAGCCCCAACCGCGUCACAAACGUGCCAUUGUCUUAUCCCCUAUUAGUGGCCUUUUCAUAAAUGAUCCAGUUGCCGUCAGUCAGCCUGUAAUCCUAUCACCUGUCUAUUUGUCAGCUCUCGUCUGUUCGCCUGCCAUUUUCGGAGUAGUUGUGCUCUCACCGUGGUUGUUCAUUCCGGUUGUGCUUUCUCCACGAAUAUUCUCACCUGUGGUACUUUCACCUUUUGCAUUUGUUCCGAUUAUCCUUACACCCUUGGCUUUCGUGCCGGUCAUUCUUUCUCCGGGCAUCAUGAAUCCCUUCGUGCUUUCACCUCUAGUCCUAUCUCCUUUUAUUCUUUCACCUCAAGUGAUGACUCCUUUGAUUUUAACCCCUUUUGCUCUAACGCCAUUCAUCGGCACACCUAAUGUACUAUCACCUCUUGUUCUUUCACCUUUUGUUCUUUCCCCAAUCAUUUUCUCGCCAGCUUACGUAACUGCUUUCGUGCUUUCACCUUAUGCCCUGUCUCCCGUUAUAAACUCUACAGGAGCAAUUUUCACAUCGAUCGCCUCUCCAAGUUGGUUGAGCUAG